AUGCGCCAUUUUCAGCUGGGUUCUGUAUAUGGAGGAAAUCGAUUAGUCUAUUUACCUGAUACAAUUGCUGAUAUGCCCUUGUUGGAGGAACUAGAUGUAUCGUAUAAUCGUUUACGCACCUUGCCCAACGACCUCCGUAUACCCACUUUGCUCUCUUUAAAUGUGUCGCACAAUCAAUUAGACUUUGUACCCAAAUCUAUUGCCAGCUGCAGUCGAUUAAAGACACUCAAUCUAUCCAAAAACCAUUUAACCAGUCUACCGGCAGACUUGGUCAACUUGCGUCGAUUGGAAUUAUUUGAUAUUAGCGAGAAUUUACUCUGCAUUAUGCCAGCCGAGAUUUUGGAGAGAAUGCAGUCAGCAACCUUGUUAAUCACGGGAAAUCCUUUAAGCAGACCAGGCAAUUGUGAUGAACGGCAAGAUGCGUAUACCCAGAUUCUUCAACAGAUGACACAGCGAGGCGUAACUAGAUCAUCACCUGCGCCUAGCCGUGAUCAAUGUGGACCUAGAGGCAUGGGAUGUUUACAUCCACUUCCUUCUCCGCCUGUAUCUCCCCCUAUUGCCACAAGUUCUUCUUUUACACAGCAUGAUGAUGAUGCCACUAUUGAUCAGGAGUUAUCAUAUCAUGCACAGCAGCUAAAUAUAGAUGGAUCAAGGCCAAAUACACCACCAUUACCCAACGCUGAUGCACAAUUAAUUGGCACCUUUCGCAGUAAAAUCGUGCAAGAUUCAACAUCCUCCUCUUCUCAAUUUAUACUUGUAGAUUUCCCACGCCAAUUACCUCUACCCACCGAGACCAAGCUGGUGCAUUCCCUCAAGGAAAUAGCAACACGGGUCAUUCUUAAGAACGAGGUGUAUGUGCCGAUGGAUAUUUUACCGCCACAUUUAGCACUAGAUAUAGCAGGGGGCAACAACAAAUGUCGAAGUUGUUCUUAUUGUCAAGGCCCGUUUGUAAAUGAGUGGGUGACUUCAGUGCAGGUCAAGAGCUUUGGUGGGCAUCCUGCUGUAGUUAGAAGAGUGAGGUUUUGUUCAACGCAGUGUUGGACACAGUGUUUACCCAAAGAACACUCAAAAUCAGUUAUUUGUGUACACAAGUAG